AUGCCAGCCCCUGAGCAGAGCCCAAUGGUGGAGGAGGGGCUGCAGACAGCACAGGAGGCUUCCAGAGGCCCAGGCAUGGAGCCAGAGACCACUGCCACGACCAUUCUGGCUUCUGUCAAGGAGCAGGAGCUUCAAUUUCAAAGACUUACCAGAGAACUGGAAGUGGAAAGGCAAAUUGUGGCUAAUCAGCUAGAGAGAUGUAGGCUUGGAGCAGAGUCACCAAGUAUCGCCAGCACAAGCUCUACUGAGAAGUCAUUUCCUUGGAGAUCCUCAGAUCCUCCACCCACCAGUGUAAGCAAGCCCCAGGUGUCGGAAGGUGUUCACGCCAAUGCCUAUGAUAUUAGGACAGAAGCAGAGCAAGGGACUCUCUACUCACCAGAGCAGACAUCUCUCCAUGAAAGGUCUGUAGGUAACUCAAGAAGUUCAACACAAAUGAAUUCUUAUUCUGACAGUGGUUACCAGGAAAUAAGCAGUUUCCAUAACAGCCAAAACUUGAGCAAGGCAGAGCUCAGACAGCAGCAGUCCCUUGGCGGAGCCCCCGGCAGCCAGGUGGUGAGGAGCUCGCGCGCCGAGGGGCAGACAUCAGCCCAGCCUGCGGCGAGCAGCGCUCCGACCCGCGCGAUGCGGCGGGUGAGCUCGGUGCCGUCCCGCGCCGCGUCCCCCUCGCUGGCGGCGGGCAGCGGCGUGUCCCCGUCGCGGGGCUCCCUGCGGACGUCCCUGGGCAGCGGCUACGGCUCCCCGGGCGCGGGGCAGCCCGGCCCGCCCGCCGCCCCGCUCCGCGCCGCCGCCAGGCUGGGCUCGCCGCUCGCCCUCGCCGACCUGCCGGCCAGAGUGGGCUCUCCGGCCCACGCCCAGCUGGGGUCCUCUUCCCCCAAGCGCUCCGGCAUGACGGCGGUCCCGCAGCACCUGGGUUCCACGCUGCAGAGGACAAUGCACGACAUGGAGCAGUAUGGCCAGCAGUACGAGAUCUAUGAGAGGAUGGUCCCCCCACGGCCGGACAGCCUCACAGGCCUGCGGAGCUCGUACGCCAGCCAGCACAGCCAGCUGGGCCAGGAGCUGCGCUCGGCCGUGUCCCCGGAGCUGCACAUCACCCCCAUCUACGAGGGCAGGAGCUUCUACAGCCCCCUGUACCGCAGCCCCACCCGCGGCGUGGAGCUGCCCCACGGCUCGCAGGCCGCGCUCUUCCGCAGCGGCUCCGGCAUGGGUAACCUGCAGCGAUCCUCCAGCCAGCGCAGCACCCUCACGUACCAAAGAAACCCCUACGGGCUGCCGGCGGCCGCGCUGUCAGAGAGGGCGGGCUCUGUGGGUCACGCCUCGGUCCUGUGCUGUCCCUGCAGGGAGUUUGCGUGGCGGGACCCGGAGCUGCCCGAGGUCAUUCACAUGCUGCAGCACCAGUUCCCGUCGGUGCAGGCCAACGCAGCUGCCUAUCUGCAGCACCUCUGCUUCGGGGAUAACAAAGUCAAAACAGAGGUCUGUAGGCUAGGAGGUAUCAAGCACCUGGUGGAUCUCCUGGAUCACAGAGUCCUGGAGGUUCAGAAGAACGCCUGUGGUGCGCUGAGGAACCUCGUUUACGGGAAGUCCACUGAUGAGAACAAAAUAGCCAUGAAGAACGUGGGAGGGAUCCCUGCCCUUCUGCGGCUGCUGAGGAAAUCUGUCGAUGCUGAGGUCAAGGAGCUGGUGACAGGCGUUCUCUGGAACUUGUCUUCAUGUGAUGCCGUGAAGAUGACAAUCAUUAGAGACGCUCUGUCCACGCUGACAAACACUGUGAUAGUGCCCCACUCGGGAUGGAACAGCUCCUCCUUUGAUGACGAUCAUAAAAUUAAAUUUCAGACUUCCCUUGUUCUGCGCAAUACAACAGGAUGCCUGAGGAACCUGAGCUCUGCUGGGGAGGAGGCGCGGAAGCAGAUGAGGUGCUGCGAAGGACUGGUGGAUUCACUGCUCUAUGUGAUCCACACCUGUGUGAACACCUCCGAUUAUGACAGCAAGACAGUGGAGAAUUGUGUGUGCACCUUGAGGAACCUCUCCUACCGCCUGGAACUGGAGGUGCCUCAGGCACGGCUGCUGGGAAUCAAUGAACUGGAUGACUUGUUGGGAAAAGAGUCACCCAGCAAAGACUCAGAGCCAAGCUGCUGGGGGAAAAAAAAGAAGAAGAAAAAAAAAACUUCCCAGGAGGAUCAGUGGGAUGGAGUUGGCCCUAUCCCGGGAUUUUCCAAGUCUCCUAAAGGGGUGGAGAUGCUCUGGCACCCGUCGGUGGUGAAGCCAUACCUGACACUCCUGGCAGAGAGCUCCAACCCAGCCACCCUGGAGGGCUCUGCAGGAUCACUCCAGAACCUUUCUGCAGGCAAUUGGAAGUUCGCAGCCUACAUCCGUGCCGCCGUCAGGAAGGAGAAGGGGCUGCCCAUCCUGGUGGAGCUGCUGAGGAUGGACAACGACAGGGUGGUGUCAUCUGUGGCAACCGCCUUGAGGAACAUGGCCUUGGACGUGCGGAACAAGGAGCUCAUUGGUAAAUACGCCAUGCGAGACCUGGUCAAUCGGCUGCCGGGGGGCAGCGGGCCCAGCAUCCUGUCGGACGAGACGGUGGCGGCCAUCUGCUGCGCCCUGCACGAGGUCACCAGCAAGAACAUGGAGAACGCCAAGGCCCUCGCCGACACCGGCGGGAUAGAGAAGCUGGUCAACAUCACAAAGGGAAGAGGAGACAGGUCCUCACUGAAGGUUGUCAAGGCGGCCGCCCAGGUACUGAACACGCUGUGGCAGUACCGAGACCUCCGGAGCAUUUACAAAAAGGAUGGAUGGAAUCAAAGUCACUUUAUUACGCCAGUAUCAACACUGGAACGGGAGAGAUUCAAAUCUCAUCCUUCUCUAUCCACAGCCAAUCAGCAGAUGUCACCUGUCAUGCAAUCAGUUGGCAGCACGUCCUCGUCCCCAGCUUUGCUGGGAAUCAGAGAGCCUCGCUCCGACUACGACAGGACGCACCCUCCUAUGCAGUAUUACAGCAGCCAGGGCGAUGUCAUUACGCAUAAAGACAUCUACUCUGGUUCCAGCAAAGCUUCACCAAUUUACAUCAGCUCCUAUUCCUCCCCAGCGAGAGAACAGAAUCGGCGGCUGCAGCAUCAGCAACUGUACUACAGCCAAGAGGAUACAACCAGGAAAAACUACGAUGCCUACCGGUUGUACCUGCAGUCCCCACACAGCUACGAGGACCCUUACUUUGACGAUCGAGUUCACUUUCCUGCUACUUCAGAUUACACAACACAGUAUGGACUGAAAUCAACCACCAAUUAUGUAGACUUUUAUUCCACCAGACGAUCUUCUUACCGAGCAGAACAGUACCCAGGCUCUCCUGACUCCUGGGUGUAGCACCAGAGAGAAAAACCCAGCGUGCUUCUUGUCUGGCUUAAGAAGGACUGGAAUGGCCCCGUGUUGUUUUGGUUAAGAAAUGUGAAAGUGAAAAAAAAAAGAAGGAAAAAGGACGAUGGAUUUUUUU